AUGUCUUUCGAUGAUAUUGAGACUACUAAUGGGUUUGGAUAUAUAACACGACCAUAUAAGGGAUUUGUGUUCAACGACUUCUAUGCCUUCAAACCUUCACACCCCAAGUUUACCGGCGUCAUUUCCUCAUACGACCUAAAUUGUGCUGUCUCAAAGCCAAAUGCUUUGUAUGGAGCCGCAUGCGCCAGCGCAGCGGUGAGCCAACGAGGCCACAUGGUCCCACAAGGGAAGAGGCCCUCUGUCUGCUCCGACAAUUCAACGAAGACAUUCACUGUCCACGCGCUCAAGAUCAAGCCGCUUGACCUGCCGGUCGGGUCUGCGACGAUCAACCUCCAAGGUCUCCGUUCGAAUAAUCCAGAGGCUACUCUCUCCUGGGGUGUCGAUUUCCCCGCUGGUUAUCAUGACGUCCUUUAUGUUCGAGUUGAAGAGUUUACCGGGGAGAUAUGGAAUGGCUUGACAAGGCUCGAGAUAUGGGCUGAUUUCCAUUUCGACAAUAUCAGAAUGGAUGAUUGGGAGUUCUGUGUCGAUGAUAUCGAGCUCGAACUAGACUCUCUUGCUCGACUUUGA